UCAGUCAGGCUGUUGUGAGUCAUGGUGGACAGAUGAUAGGGAAAAUGAUUAAGGAAUUUGUUAUGAAAAAUGUAGAUUUAUUCGAAAAACUGAAAAGAUUUACAAAUGAGAAUUAACCAUUAAUUCUUCUAAAUUAAAAAAAAAAGUCAAGAAAACUGAAAACGAACGUAUUUCAUAAAAUAAAAUUGCAAUUAUUUAACAUAGAAAUCGUCUAUAGAAACAUUUGGCCUUCAAGAUAACUCUAUUUACCACCGAACAAGUUUCGUACAUAAUUUACCUGAUGUCAAGUUAACCAAGGACACUUCCCUGCGCAAUUAUUGCUACCAAACAUCGCAGGAAAAUAAUAGAAGUAACAUUACAGAACAUCGCAUCGUAGGAAUAAGCAGUUCCCCGCUGGUGUUCUUUGGAUACUCCCCUCCAUGUUAUAUUUCAAGUACAUGUAGCCAUUUCCUUUGAAUAUUUUACUCGUGACCUGAAAAAUAAUGAGUUUUUUUGAAUUGAUCAAAGGAAUUGAAUUUUCCUUUAAUGAUUUUACAGGAAAUGUAAAUAAAUAUACUGACACAUUCCUAACUCGAUUCAAGAUGAGAAAACGACUUUUAACGAAUAAAGAUUCGUGUAAAUUAAUAUUUAACAAAAAAUAUCCAAUCUUUGAUUUCAUUAAAGUAUAUGAUUUUAAUAUUUACGGUUUAAGUUCAAUAACUCGUGAAAGUCCUUGUAACUUUUCAUUCUCGGAAAAUUACAUAAAAGUCGAGGGAAGAUUUUCGGUACGUAAUGUCAAAUUAAUUGCAAAAUUUGAUUUUUCAUCUUUAAUUGCAUUGAGUGGUCAUGCAGAAAUCAAUCUCAGCAAAUUAGAUUUGAAAAUUACAUUAAUAGUGACCGAAUAUUCCGUAGAAGUAGAAUCUAUUCAACUUCUUAAAAUUGGGCGUUACGAAGCUAUAAAGAUAUUUGGAAUUAAUCAGGCAUUGGCGUGGGCUGCAAAAACCUUUAUUAAUGCAUCUCCCAAUCCUAUACUGAAAGCAAAAAUUUAUGAAAUUAUCGAACACGUGACGAUGGAUUGCCUGAAAAGCAUUCUUACAUAUCUUGAAAUUCCAAUUAUUGUAAAUGUGUUUGUAGGAUUUUAUAAAUACAGAAGACAACUAUUAAGGCAUUCUAUGUAUAUUUUUCCAUUUUUACUUAUAUACUUCUAUACUCUGUUAUAUUUUUACAUUUGUUAUAUAAAUUGAAUGUUAUACUUUUCCUCCCACCGUUAACAUUUUUGUAUUAUAACUUUUUAUAUUAAAAUUUUGUGUUUUUUAUUAAUUUUAUAAUUGUUGUAAAAGUUUGAUAUGUAUUGUUUCAAUGUAUAUUAUGUAUAUUAUACUUCCACUUUUACGAUUGGAAUAAAUUUUUCGUUAAGACUGUAUGAAAUGCUAUAGUUUAAUACUUCAAGUUUUGUCACAUCAACGUGUUAUUACAUAGUUAAAACUGUAUUUGAAGGAAUGUAAUUCCAAUUUAUAACUGAGCUUAUGGGA